UCCUAGCUCACCAAGGUUAGGAGGACACGCCCUUAACUUUGGAAACGGUGCAGUGGGUGCAUGUGCUCACCUCAGCUGCUCACAUUAUCAGUGGGGAAGGGGAAAAGGAGAGAGACUGAGGGUGGUAACUUAAUAUCAGCGGGUUCUCACUUCGCCUUUAUCCCCCCCUCUUUUCCUCUUUGGCGCAUACGCCGUCGAGCUCAGCUCGCCGCUGCUGUAUUUACCUCCCUGUGGUCCGGAAACUGGGGGAUCCUCCACCUGCCGGAGAGCAGACACACCUCGGGAUGGAUGCCCUGAAAUCCGCCGGAAGAGCGAUUAUCAAGAGCCCCGGAGUUCCGCGGCACACAUGGGGAACUUCAAAGCACGAAAAGCUGCCAGAGAACUGGACCGACACCAAGGAGACUUUACUGGAGGGGAUGGUGUUCAACGUGAAGUACCUGGGUAUGACACUGGUGGGCCAGCCUAAAGGAGAGGACAUGGCUUCAGCUGCCAUUCGCAGAAUUGUUGCCACUGCCAGAGCCAGUGCUAAGAAGUUUCGGAAAGUAACUCUGACUGUCUCACCAAAAGGCAUCAUCAUCACAGACACAGAGACUACAGACCUCAUUGAGAAUGUCUCCAUAUACAGAAUCUCUUACUGCACAGCAGAUAAAACUCAGGACAAGGUCUUUGCAUACGUCUCUCAGAGUCAGUUCAAUGAGACUCUGGAGUGUCAUGCAUUUCUCUGCCAAAAGAAGAAGAUUGCUCAGGCUGUGACAUUAACGGUCGCCCAGGCCUUUAAAGUAGCUCUAGAUCUUUGGGAGAUUGCUCAGGAAGGCAAAAGCAAGAAGGCCAGGACUUGCUGUUCCUGUGCAGCGAACAAUGAGCAGACAGAGACGACAGACGCUCAGUGUGUUCCAGCAGAGGCGCACAAGCCUGUUGGGAUGGAGGAGAAGCUCCGGAGGCCUUUCUUCUCUGCCUCGCUCAGCUUGCCCUCACCUCGCAGUAACCCCACUCGAAGGCGGCCGAUCAAACAUGACUCUUGGGAUGUGGAGGAUGGACUCGAAGAUGCGUUCUCAAGCAACAUGGAAGUAGAGGAGAUGGACACUGACUGGCCCAGUCCCGCUCCGAACACAUCUCUGACGAUGCAGCUCUGAGUCCCCCAGGAGGUCUCCACUGAAGAUCUGUUGUCUGUCUGCAACAAUGAGUUUGAAUAACACGCCCUGGCAAUAACUGCCCCAAUUUACAGCACCACAAAGAUUAGACAGAAAUCAUACCAUGGACUCCCCAAAAAAUAGAGUAAAAAAAAACCCACACAAAACAGCAUACAUCAACUGAACAGACAGAAAAACAUAUCACUUUCCCUAGCGGACAACCUGAAUCAGAGAGGCUGUGUUUGAUAUUCUGUGGCUGCUGCAGAGAAGCCAGAGUGAAUAACCUGAUAUUAUAAACUGCUGUUUCUGUAAAUGCCUCCCAGUCAACACACACUCUACUCAGUGUAAACAGCCAUCUAUUCUCCAGCCAUCUCCUGCCACAUCCGAACAUUCACAAACUGCCAGAUGAAAGACGCCACGUGCGGUGCCCGAUGCAACGCUGCAAGGCGAGCAAAAAGUCUAUAUUUCUACUCAAAGAAGUUCCCAGAGAAGAUCAUAGGAUGAAUACUAUACAGAGUCUGGAGUGAGUCUCCUUUUGAUCUAAAUUUCACUUUCACACAUGGAUUCCACUUGUAAAUUCUGAUGAAGACUGCGCAAAGAUUUGCUUUGCAUCCCAAAAAAAAGGUCCAAAUAUGUGUGUGUGUGUGUGUGUGUGUGUGUGUGUGUGUAAAUAUAUUUAAGGCUGUCGUCGCUUUCUGAAAAUGUGAAAGCUCUCUGAUCUUGUUUGUUUGGUGGAGUAACAGCUGCCAGUCUCAUCAGUCACUGGAAAGAGUCCAGCGUUAGAAAACAUCAUCAGAAGCUGGAAUGAAUGUUCUGUCAUGAUACUGAGUGAAUUAUACAUUUGACGUUCAGUUUGUGGCGCUGACUGAACCGUGUCUUUGGAGAACGAAACAGCAUGUGAUGGUAGUAAUUAGACAUUCAGGCAUACAGGGACACUGUACCCAUGUACAGUACGUCUGUCAUCUUCUAAUUGAUUGCAACAUAAAUGCAUGACAACAAAGACCACAGUUAACCCUGGAAAAUAUGGAAAUGUCUCUCAGAGAGGCAAACAUUUGUCACGUACAGAGUGGAGUGCAGUGUUUACAUUUUAUUUCCAACAAAUCGUACAGAGCAGAGCAGAAAUUCCCAACCUGAAGAGCAACUUACUUCCUAAGGUUUUAAGCACAUCUUGUGGCCUUCCUUAGGAGGUGGAGUUGUCAUAUUAUCAUGGAGAUGGUUUGUUACAUAACAGAUAGUUGAGGAGAAUGAGUUGAUUAAUAGUAGAGAUAAAUUUAGUUAAUCAUUACUUUUAUAAGCCUGUUAUCAUGCAUCCAGACUUCCAUACAUUGAUCAACUGAGGACAAACUAAACCGUCUCCACGACAACUGAAUAACUUUAUCUGCUGAGGAAGGUCACGAGUUGUUGCUAAAGCCUCAGAAACACCAAGAAAGUGGGACUUGUGUUGACUAUUUUUAGCCAAACUACUUUUUUCAAGGUCAGGAAUGAGCCCUAAAACUUAAAACAGCAGCUCUUUUUAUUCAGUCUCAUUACAAGAUUUAAAGUUCUUCAGAACUUGAAACACUAAACAGAACAGUAAACUUUCAUCUUGCAGAAACAGGCUGAUAUUCCAUGAACAAUCAGUUGCAGUGCUGUCUUAGCUCAGUAUGACUAAUGUAACCAAAAUGUAAUGACUGUUUCAUGUUCUGUCAUCUCAAGAUGCUCUUACUGUUAAAGAAUAGCGAUGAUGUAAGGUUAUGAGGACAACUGUAUGGAGAGGCCAGACUAUUAGAGUAAAGAACCUAUUUCCAUAUGCUGUAUUUUUUCAAUGUCAAAGCUGUGUAAUUUAUGUAUGCAUACUGUAUCAUUAUAAAUGAAGUAGGAUGAAUAGAAUCAGGGCUUCACACAAGUUGUUUUUUUUAAAGUAAUUAUCACUCUUGUUGAGAUGUGAAUGUGUAGAUGCUUGUAUGUUUUGCAUUAGGUUAGACAGUUUAUACAGAUGUAAUCGUAUGUGGUUUUUAUUACUGCAGGAAUUGCUUUAUUUUUUUAGAACAGCCAUCAGUAACCAAUUAGGAAGAGAUAAAAAAAAAAAAAGAUUUCUCCUGCUUUUAUGGUCAGUAAUCACCUGUUACACUGAUAGAUGCAGUUCAUAUUUUCCUCUCUUAACUGCAGUCUGUGCUGAAGAACACCUUUGUCCCAAAUCUUAUUACAGACAAAUUGUUGUUCUGCUUGGACUCUGCAGAUUAUUUUUAUCCGCCACUUGGAUGACGUUCUCUAUCGAGGAUAUUAUACUGUGCCCCAGUCUGGCUGAAGUGGUCCCUCUCUCUCUCUCUCUUUCUGUAUUCAUGGCAUCAUGACUGAGAAUAAUUGUGACGGCAGCAGGCGGGAGGUAGCGGCCGGGGCUCUGUGUUGUUGUCAUGACACCCGCUGCAGAAUAAUUGGAUGGCUUAUCAGGUUAUGCCAUGAAGCUUAAUUGCAUUGUUUCGUCCCCUGACUGGCUGAAAUACCAGCUCAGUUUCUUUCUUUUCUUUUUUUUUUUUUUUUGCUGUACUGUUUGGAUAUCAUAAAUAGCUACCAGCAUGUCUACGGAUGAUCUGUGAGUGUGUUUGCAUUUCAGUAUUGACUGUGGAGUUCAGGGUUAGCAGAAUACAAUUUUGUCUGUUUUUUUUUUUUUUUUUUAACCUUUCUCUCAAACGUCUUUCCCUCGCGACUGGAAAUAAUUAUUGCAAUGUUCUCCCAUCUUUUCAGCUCCAUCACUGGCUGACUGAUUGAUUCGUUCGCUUCAGUAUCCGCUGAUUCAGUUAUAUUGAGUAAUAUUUGGAGAUGGGCUGUUGUCCAGAUGCUCUCAGGCUCAGAAUUGGUUUUCAAUAAUGACAACCAACCAACAGUGGAAUUUUGAAGAAAAUUUAUUAACAUGAAUAAAUGCCAGCUUUGUUUCUGCACAGCUUUACCAUAAGCUGCAUUGUUAUAGAAGGUGUGUGGAAAGGAAUUGGACAGCAGUACAAAAUAUUUAGGUUAAGUGGCACUUUUAGAUAUUCCACUUACAGUAGAGAUAUAGUUCUCAUCGAGUCUUGUAAGUGAUUUUUAAACGAAAAAGAAAUCAAAUAUGAUUUGAUUGGAUGGAUGGAUCACUUUUGAUCCUUGUUGAGAAUUGAACAGCAGCCUUGUAUAAAUAUUUUAAUGGCAAGAGUUUAGUCUCAUGUAGCCAGUAUACUGUAUAAAGAACUGUAAUGUGAGCAAAUUCCCAGCAAAAUUUGAAUGAAUGCUCUUUGGCACAGCUGAGAGCUUUUCUCUGCAGGAGCGGGCACAGAGCUACAUCUGCAGGUAUAACAUGCCAAUCUGAGUCCAGAGUGCACUGAAAACAAAUCAUGCUGCGAGGUGCCCCGAGGCCUGAAAACCGUUUGAAGGCUUGUAAAAAAUUAAGAUCUUUAACUGGGGGGGGGGGGGGUUAGAUAAGCUAUUACCACCCAAAUUUAACCACUGACGUUUACAGUAUCGGUUUACGUUUCAAAGAAGGUGCUUAUUUUCUAUCUAUGCAAUCUGUGGGUUUCCAACCGUGUUGUGAUAUGAUGAUAGCAAUUUGUGAAUAAACCACAAGCAGUUGUCCUAACCUGUGUAAAGAUUUGUACAGAAUUUGGAAACUGUUAUGGUUUGUUACAUAUUUAUGCAUAAUAAAUACAUUUGUACAAAUA